CCCCUCUCACAGCCGAAUAUGCUUUGCUCUGCUCUACAAAUAUCCUUUCCUUCUCAUCCUUCUCUCUCUUUUUAUUUAUUUACAUCUUUUACAAUUUUGCAAAAAAAAAAUAAAAGGUCCCCUAUAUAGUUCAUCGUUAGACCAGUUUAAUUCUCAUUAAUCCCACCUUUUCUUUCUGUUUUAAUCUUUGGGUUUGUGAGUUUUAAUCAUGGAGAUUAUCCUGGAGCUCUUUUUGACAGCUUUGAUUGCUCUUCUUUUUUCUUUCUUUAUAGCCAAGAUUGUUUCCUUGGCUAUGGGUGGUGAUUCUGUUUCUGGGGUGGAGGAAAAAUCUUUGAUUGAUGUUGAUGAUGAGAUUAUCAUGGAAGCGUUGGAGUUUACCGAGAAAUUGAAAGUUCAAGGCCUUGAGAGCGAAAAGAAAGUUGAAUUUGUUAAGGAAAGUGCUGAUAAGGUCGAUGUUUUUGAAACAGGACAAGCUGGGGUUGAUCAUGGUUUUGAAAGUGAAAAGAAAGUUGAAUGUGUUGAAGAAACUGCUGACAAGGUUGAUGAAUCUGAAGCUGGAGAAGGUGGGGUUUAUGAGGCUGUAGAAAGAUUGAAAGCUCAAGGCUUUGAAAGUGAAAAGGAAGUUGAAUUUUUUCCAGAAACUGCAAAGAAGGUCGAUGAUUUUGAAGCAGAACAAGCUAAGGUCGGUGAAGCAGAAAUCGAGGUGAAGCUUGAUGAUAUUGUUGUCGAAAAGAAGAUGGAGAAAAAAGAAGUUGGGGAAAUUGGUGAAGAAUUAGAGGCUGAAAAUGAAACCAAACUGCAACCUGAAGCGAUUAGCGUUGAAGAGAGUCGAAGGAAAGGACUUGGGGAAGAAGAAAAGGAGGCGAAACUAGAGAGUGAUGAUGAUGAUUGGGAGGGGAUAGAGAGGAGUGAACUGGAGAAGGUUUUUGCUGAUGCUGCGAAGUUUGUUGAGCAUAAAGGAGAUUUGGAAGGUUUGGGGAAUGAUGUUCAGAUGGAACUUUAUGGACUCCACAAGAUUGCUACCGAAGGGCCUUGUCGGGAGCCACAGCCUCGGGCUUUCAUGGUCUCUUCUCACUCCAAAUGGAAUGCUUGGCAAAGGCUGGGGAACAUGAAUCCAGAGGCGGCUAUGGAGCAGUAUGUUGCCCUUCUUUCAGACAGAGUUCCAGGGUGGAUGGAAGACAAUUCUGAUGGAGAGCAUAAAGCAGACCGAGGAAUUCCUGGUGCCAUGGCCCCUGAUAUAAAUUCAUUUCCAGAUCAUCAGAACAUUUUUACCCAAGAAAGGAAUGCGGAUUUGAAGUCUCCUAAAGGAGGAGGUGACAUAACUGAGAACACAAGCUUUGAGAAGCAGGGCAAAGACUGAUUAGCAUUACCAUGACUUCAUCUCCCCAACCACAGGGGCCAUUCUCCUGGGUUUGCAUGGUCAGAAACAAGACUAUAUCACCACCAUGUAUAAAAAUCUGCCUGGACUGAAUUAAUCUUUCGUGCUGUUUAUCCUUUUCCUGCUAGUAAAUAAUGUCGCGUGGUUAAAUAACUGUUAAUUAUUGUAUAUUAUGCGUGUAAAUAACAUGUGAAACACCCAUGUUUCUACUAACUCAAAUGGCUAUCCGGUUGUGAUUGCUCAAGUAAAAUGCUAUUGUAUGCAUUUACCUAGUGUUCAUGGUUUCAAUGCUUUGCCUCUUUCCUUUGGCUUGUAUACUUUUCAAUCAUUUACAUUUUUAUUUCUACAAGCAAACUUUUAUUCUUUGACUCUAAAAUUUAUAUUAGAGGGUGCUGGACCAAUGACCCACUUUGCAUGAACACAGCUCCCCAGGGGGCAUUUUUGGCGAGUAUCUGUUCCAUUGGUUUGGAUUAGGGGAAGGUUGGGAUGAAUAAAAAUGGUUUCCUGGGUUAUAAGAAACCACGCCAAAAUCAGAUUUGGGUCUAUGGCCUUGCCUCUAGCAAUGAAGGCCUUUCAAGAAAAUGGGCUUGACUUGAGCUUGAAGAAUUUGAAAUUAUGGACCAUGUAAUGGUGCUCUAAGCAU